UCCUCCAUAAAAGGUAUGGAUUUUUAGCUUUUUCACAUUUCCCGCCAGACUCAAGUGCAAAGGAUACACGAAUUUACUCACACACAUCACAGAUCUGAAUAAUCAGUUAUCUCCAGCUGCUGAAACUUCGAACGAUGUCCAAGAAAAGAGGCUUGUCACUGGAAGAGAAGCGGGAGAAGAUGCUUCAAAUAUUUUAUGACUCUCAAGAUUUCUACCUUCUCAAGGAACUUGAAAAGCUGGGCCCCAGAAAAGGCGUCAUCAGUCAAUCCGUCAAAGACGUUGUUCAAAGUCUAGUGGAUGAUGACCUGGUCUCGAAAGACAAAAUUGGAACCUCGGUAUACUUUUGGAGUCUUCCCAGUUGUGCUGGAAAUCAGCUAAGAAAUGUAUCAAAGAAACUCGAGUCGGAGCUUGAGAGCAGCAAGAAGCGGCACGUAGAGCUCGUGGAGCAAUGUGAGUCCCUAAAGAAAGGCCGAGAGGAUUCAGAUGCACGAGAAGAGGCUUUGAGUGAGCUGAAAGACAUUGAACAGAAGUAUAACGAACUGAAAGAAGAAAUGGGACAAUAUGCAGACAAUGAUCCAGCUACCGUUGAAGCAAUGAAGGAAGCUAUUAAGGUUUCCCAAGAAGCAUGUAACAGAUGGACAGACAAUAUUUUCACACUGCGGCAGUGGUGCUCAAACAAUUUUCCUCAGGCCAAAGAACAGCUUGAACACUUGUACAAUGAGGUGGGAAUAACCGAAGAUUUUGACUAUAUAGAGUUACCAGCAGUGACACUUGUCAAGCAAGUCGACGAGUAGGAUACCAGAAGCCACACAUGAUAACUACACAACUGUUCUAGUUUCCUAGUAUCAUUUACUUAAGUCUUAUUAUGCUCAACAGGUUCUUGAAAACUGACAUCACUAUAAACAUUGCAUGUGUGCAGUUUUAUGUAAGCUCAUUAUCUCCAAA